UAUUACUAACCUCCUUCUAAAUCUCCCUAUUUUCUCUUCUUUCUUCUUUAGCCAAACACACCUUAGUCCUUACCAAUAACCAUGGCUAUGGAUUUCAUUAGUGGGCCCACUCCUCAUACUCCUGACUCUGACACCGAUACUCCGCCGCAUGCUCCCCCUUCUAAGCGGGCCCACCACCAACACCAUCACGUGACUUACAAAGAGUGUAUGAAAAACCACGCAGCGAGUAUCGGAGGCCACGCGCUAGACGGGUGCUGUGAGUUUAUGCCCGGCCCGACUACAAACCCAUCAGACCCAACCUCUCUUACGUGCGCUGCAUGUGGUUGUCAUCGUAACUUCCACCGUCGUGACCCGGACGACCCGAUUCCUCUUCACCACCUUAUCCCAUCGGGUCAGAAAGCCCAAUCACCUCCUUCAGCUUCUCAGCUUCUUCUUUCCUUAAGCAGCCCGACUUCUGGUCCGUCGGAUCAUGAGAAUCUUCAUACUAACCCAACAGUUUUAGGAUACUACAACAACAAUGGCGGAAACGGACAAAAUGGGAAUUUCAAUUUUCAGAGUAAGAAGAGAUUUAGGACGAAAUUUAGUCAAGAACAGAAGGAAAAAAUGCAUGAAUUUUCUGAGAAAAUUGGGUGGAAAUUGAAGAAAGGAGAAGAAAAAUUAGUGGAAGAAUUUUGUAAAGAAAUCGGUGUUGAUAGAAAUGUGUUUAAAGUUUGGAUGCAUAAUAAUAAGCAUUCUUCAUCAAAUUCUAUUAAUUCUUCUCAAAAAAUACAGAAAAUUGGUAUUAAUGGAAAUAAUACUCCUAAUGGGUUGAAUAAUUGUGGUGUAGUUCUUAGUAGUCCUCUUGAGUUUAAUUUUGCUAAUGGUGGUGCUCAAAAAGCCAAAGCUCAAUAAUUAAUUAUUUAAUUAAUUAGUGCUCGUCGUUCAUCGUAGAUCCUAAGCUCGAAUAAAGGAGAAGGUUACGGGUAGAUUUGUGUUAAUCAGUUCAGUAAAAUAGAUUCGUGACAACCAGUUCAGUAAAAUUUAAUCUUUCUGCUAAGAUUAAUUAGAUUAAUUAUUUUCUCUUUAUUAUUAUUAUUGACUUUAAAUUAUUAUUCCUAUGUUGUUGCUUAAUUAAUUAAACUUUUUUGCACUUUUGUAGUGAUAAUAAUUAAUUAUCAUCAUUAAUUUCCUCAAUAACCAGACUUUUUGGUUCUUAUUA